CGGAAGUGGCGGCUGGAGCGGGAGCGCUGAGGUGUCGGCCGGCGGGCUGCGGCCGGGAGCGGGGGGGGCGGGUGCGUUGGUCAUGUUUACCUUCGGGCCCGGUAGUCCCGAAGGGGAUGGGACGGCCGGAACCGGGGCUGAGGAGCCGGCGCCCCGCGCGGGGCAGGCGGCAGCCGCCGGGCCGCUCCCUUCCCCGUCCGCGCCGCCGCAGCCCGGGGCUGACGCAGCCCCUCCCCCGUCGCCCUCUCGGAGCCCUCGUCGCCCCGGCGCCCCCUCGCUGCCCCUGGCCGCGCGCGCCGGGGAGCUCAGGCCGCCCGGAGCUCUAGACUCCUCAGCCGCUUCCGCCCAGGGAGAGCCGUCACCGCCCUCCCCGCCGCGCCGGCGACCCGGGCCAGACUGCAGGGCCGGGAGCCGGGGCCGCCACGGCCUCGGCGCCGGCCUGGGCGGCCCCGGCGCCCGGCUGUUCGGGUGGCUGAGAGAGCGCAGCCUGGGCCGCGGGCUGUUCGUGGACCCGGCGCGGGACAAUUUCCGCACCAUGACUAACCUCUAUGGUUCCAUCCAUCCCGCGGACUCGGUGUACCUCAGCACCCGCACCCACGGCGCGGUCUUCAACCUCGAGUACUCGCCCGACGGGUCAGUGCUGACUGUUGCUUGUGAACAGACUGAAGUUCUGCUUUUUGACCCUAUAUCUUCAAAGCACAUAAAAACACUUUCUGAAGCUCAUGAAGAUUGUGUAAAUAAUAUCAGAUUUCUUGAUAACCGGCUGUUUGCUACCUGCUCUGAUGACACUACAAUAGCACUAUGGGAUCUGAGAAAACUGAACACCAAAGUAUGCACUUUACAUGGUCACACUAGCUGGGUGAAGAACAUCGAAUAUGAUACUAAUACAAGACUCUUAGUAACAUCAGGAUUUGAUGGAAAUGUCAUUAUUUGGGACACCAACAGGUGUACAGAAGAUGGAUGUCCACAUAAGAAAUUCUUUCACACACGUUUUCUCAUGCGAAUGAGAUUAACACCAGAUUGUUCCAAAAUGUUGAUCUCCACGUCCUCUGGAUAUCUUUUGAUUUUGCAUGAUCUUGACUUAACCAAGUCUUUAGAAGUAGGCAGCUAUCCCAUUCUGAGAGCAAGAAGAACUACAUCAAGUUCAGAUCUGACUACUUCAAGUUCAUCUGGUCCUCGAGUUUCUGGUUCACCUUGUCAUCAUAGUGAUUCUAACUCAUCUUCUGAGAAACACAUGUCACGAGCAUCACAAAGAGAAGGAGUUUCACCACGAAAUAGUCUUGAAGUCUUAACUCCUGAAGUUCCUGGUGAGAGAGACCGUGGAAACUGCAUCACGUCCUUACAGCUGCACCCAAAAGGCUGGGCCGCUCUCCUUAGGUGCUCAAGCAACACCGAUGAUCAGGAGUGGACUUGUGUCUAUGAAUUCCAAGAAGGAGCUCCUGUGCGACCUGUCUCACCUCGCUGUUCUCUACGACUGACUCAUUACAUUGAAGAAGCCAAUGUAGGCAGGGGUUAUAUCAAAGAACUUUGCUUCAGCCCUGAUGGGCGAAUGAUCUCUUCCCCACAUGGCUACGGGAUUCGCUUGUUGGGAUUUGACAAACAGUGCAGUGAACUUAUAGACUGUUUGCCCAAAGAAGCCAGUCCUCUGCGGGUGAUCCGUUCUCUGUACUCUCAUAAUGAUGUGGUACUGACGACAAAGUUCUCUCCAACACAUUGUCAGAUUGCCUCAGGGUGCCUUAGUGGACGGGUUUCUUUGUAUCAGCCAAAGUUUUAGGCACAACUUAACAUCAAAUAAGGAAUUCUUCUGGUGUUUGACUUAUAAAUUACUUCAAUUUAGGUGAAGUAUUUCCUUUUUAGACGAUCUUAAAAGUUUGGGUCAAGAUCCCAGUUCUUACGCGUCCAUGGACACACCUGUGACCUGAGGACUUGGCCGUCCGGCAUCGUAGGGGCCUCACCAAGUUAGACUCGACGCAGCAGCAGCUUUUCCGCAUUCCUCUGCUCCUGCUCAUCUGUGCCGCUGGGACUUCAGUUCUUCUGGUUAUUUUGCAUGGUAGCUCUCGUCAAGUUUCUUUACUUCUUGUUUUUUGAUUUCAGUGUGAAUUUUGUGGACGUCUGGCAGGAGUUUUGGCUGGGUUAGGAGAAACCCAUGACACUGGUAUUGAAUAAAACCCAGAAGUUCGAUGUCAGCAUACUGGUCAUUGAAAAAGAAAUUUCAUCUUCACUUAUCAGUAUACCUGGCCUUUUAAAGUUGCUGUUACGUUUCUCUAUAAUGAGCACAGUUAAUGGCAUUAUUCUCACAAUGUUAGUCUUACAACAAAAAUGUCUUUUAAGUUUCCUGUUAAAAUUAUACAUAUUUUUUCACCGUGAGGGGAAUUUUGUUGUAAAACUCUAGAAAAAAUAAUUACCACCUCUCUUUGUAAUUUACUUGUAUGAAUUUAAAAAUCUCUAGCAUGUGUCCUUAUUUGGUAUUUUGUUCCUGUCAACAGCAUUUAGAAAGGAAAAGAGGAGAAGGAAUGGGCUUUGAUCAUUUCUAUUAUAUAGAAGAGGAUUCAUUAAGUUAGUACACUGUCUAGUCAGAGUGAUGAGAACAAUGUGGCUUAGUGUCUGUUUUCUCUACCAGACUCUUUGACUCACACAGGGUGACAUGUUAUGUUAUUAGGGUGGAGGGGGGGAUUGAGAGUAAAGAGGUUGUGUUUUCCUCAUAUUUACUCCUUGAGCCAGGUGGCACAAACUCGACCCUUAGCAUUAGGGAGGGCAGAACUGCAGUCCUGUUCAAGGCGUGACCUAACUACAGUAGUCAGCGACUUGGAUGUCAAGACAAAGAGCUGACGUGAAGGCCUCUUGUAUUUUGUUACAGAACACAGCAAGUAAAAAACAUCAAGCAGGGGUCUCACCGGGCUGACUGGCCUGCUGAAGUAGAGCAGCUUUCUUCUAGUCUCCACUUGGAAUGGUAUUAUAUUUAAUAAGGGAUCCACCAGAGCUGCAGUAAUUUAAGCCACACGCUAGCUUGUUCCCUCUCAGAUCACAUUCUCUUAGGCCAAUGGUUCUCAAAUAGUAGGGUGCAUUACAAUCAUUGAGGAGCUUGUGGAAAACACAGAAACCUGGCCCUCACCUUAGGAGGUUCUGAUUCAGCCAGGGAGAGGACAGGAAUCUAUUUUUAAUAGGAACCUCAAGUGAUCUUUACUCAGGUGGUCCCUGGAUCAGAAUUUGAAAAACACUACCUUAAACAUCAGUAAAUACUUCUGUACCUAUUAGGUGCUUAACUCCCAGAAGGUGUUUUAAUUAUUAAAAAAAAAUCAUAAGUAAAUGAAAUCCAUUUUAGAGGUAGAAAAUGUAAUCAAUCUCAUUAUCUGAUGAAUGAGAGAAGUUAAGUGACUUGCCUAAAGUCAUCUUACAAAAUUAGCGGCAGAGCCAGAACUUGAAUUCAAGUCUCCUGAUUCCUUGCUCAGGGCAAUUUCUAAUGCAUUAUGCUGGCUGUUAAAACAAUGAUUUAUUUAUGAACACUUUAUCUUGUCUUUAAGUUGUAUUAUUGUGACUACCCUUAAACUGGCCGAUAGAUUGAAAAAGGCAUGGGAAUAGAUGCUGAGAAUUCCAGCCCUAAGAAGAAGAGGAUCUUAAAUCUUAUAGAAAUGUUUAAGCAACCCAAACACAUGAAUAAAAAUGACAUUUCUUUGUAGAACCUACCAGCCAUUCACACACAUGUGCAGAGGUUACAUCUCACUUGGAACAAUCUUGGCUCUAGGACAAAUUUUAAAAAUUAGAUCAUUUUACCACGGAUGUUAAAAAGAAUUGGAAUUUUUUUUUUUUAAGAUUUUAUUUGACAGAGAGAGACACAGCGAGAGAGGGAACACAAGCAGGGGGAGUGGGAGAGGGAGAAGCAGGCUUCCCGCUGAGCAGGGAGCCCGAUGCGGGGCUCGACCCCAGGACCCUGGGAUCAUGACCUGAGCCGAAGGCAGACGCUUAACGACUGAGCGACCCAGGCGCCCCAAGAAUUGGAAAUUUUUUAGCUAUCAAGAAAACUACCACAAAAUAUAAUGAAAACACAGGUUUGCCAUAAAUUUUUUUUUAAAAACCCACAUAUUUAAAGGAAAAUAAACUUUUGGAGGCAAAAGCACCCAAUCUUAACAUUCAAAAUAAGCUACUAAGUACAAUAAUUAUAUUGAUUUUAAAAAAGGUUCCAUAUAUUGCAUCCCCUUUGGAGAGCUGCAUGUCAGAUGCUGGGCCCACGUGUCACCCAACUCUGAAUUUCAGUCCAUGAUUCUUCACCCAUUAGAGAGUUUCUGUGGUGUCAAAUAAUCUACACACUUUACUACUAACUCGCACUCACAAAAUACCUUGCAAGGUAGGUGACAUGAGUGCCAGUUUACUUUGGAGGAAAUGGAGGGUCUGAGAGGUUAAGUGAUUUGCCGUAAGUCACAGAGCUGGCACCGGGGAGAGGGCAACACUGGGAUUCAAACCUAGCUGUUUUAGUCCAAAGCCUGUGUGCUUACUACUCUACCACUUUGCCCUUUUGUUUAUAAAGGAUGGGAAAAUGGCCUGUUAAUUUGUUUAGCAUCCUCUGUAAAUUCUUUAUUACAGAGCUGGCUUACUUUCUGCACCAUGCAAGAGAACAUUUAUAAGACUGAAAAUUUCCAUUAGAAUUAGUACCAUAAACUGCAAGGCAUACAUACAGUCCAUUCCUAACUGAAAGACUUCGAGCAGGAUAAGUAGCUGUAAAGUAAAGAAAAAUGUGGGAUAAAUAGCUUUGUAUAAAAAUAGAGCCACACAGAUGAGAAUUAAAAAUUAGCAAACUCAACAAAACCACCUUUGUCCUCUUUUUGAGGUACGGCUGUGACCAAAACAUCAUGAGGGGGGAUAUUAAUCCAGGAAUUACAGGGCAUCAGGAAUGUUAGACUCUUGGAGGAAACUGCAUCUUACAAUUUCAAGGUCUCAUUUCACUUAAGAGUGUAAAAUCUAAUCUGGUGUUUUUUUACUCUAAAUUUUAUUUAGUCAUUUUUAUUCAUGAUAAUUGGUGAAUGUACUAUAAGUGGUAAUGUGGUAUAGUUGGUAAAUGUCGUAUAAAUUAUACUUGUUUUAAAAAGCUUUCUACAGGGGCGCCUAGCUGGUUCAGUCAGUAGAGCAUGCAACUCUUGAUCUUGAGGUCAUGAGUUUGAGCCCCACCUUGAGGGGUAGAUUGUACUUAAAAGAAACCUUGAAAAAGCUUUCUACAGAAAUGCUAUGUUAAAUAAGUUUAGGAACAUCAAAUAUUUAGUAGUUCCUUAUCUUUAAUUGUAAAAAUGAAGUGGCUAAAGCAGACAAGACCUCUCAAUCUUUUGAAAAUGUAUGUGAUCUUUGUUCUCAGAAGCCCAAAGAACAUGUAUAGUUUGUUAUUUCUCCUUGUUACAUCCAAGAUGAGGCUAUACCAAAAAUUUUAGGAAAACAAGCAAGGAUAAGGUUCCCAACUCCUGUCUAGAACCACGAUCACAUUAUAUUGUGGUUAAAGUUUAGUUUUCUAGAAAGUGCAAUAUAGGAAAAACACUCUGAGAAUCUUUUAGAAGCCUAGUGUUUCCCAUUAUUAGUCAGAAUAUAUGGUACUGGCAUCCGUAAGUAUCUGUUAAAGCUUGUGUUUAGCAGGAGAAAUAGUCUGAUAACACUGAUGACAAUCAACCAACCCUAUUUAAAAUGACCAGCAGCCACGGAGAGCUAUGAAAAUUCACUAAUAGCCAGUGUUGGUCAUGAAAGAAAGCAUAUAUAUAAAUUUUUGGAUAACUUAAGUGCCAAAAUUUAAAGCUUGUAAAUUAUUUUUGAUGCAAGUCUUUCAGAUAUGUUAGUAUACCUCCCUCCCUGCCUUCUUAAACAGCAUGCUCGGUAUAAUACACUUUUUCGUGAUGAAAAGUAAAAGUUAUAUUCAUGUGUUAUUACAAAUACCCAAUGAGCUCUGAUGUAUGUAAAAUACUUCAUAAACUGUAAAGGGCUAUAACAAAUAUGAGUUAAUAUCAAUUAUUAUAAAGUGAUGCCCUCAGCCCUGAGGUAUAUAUAAUCAUUUGUCUCAGGUUGCUCGGAUUUGGGGAUUUUUUUAUUUAAAAAUUUUUCUAUCUGCUAAGUAGUCUGUGCUGUCUCCUACCACAGUAUCCACACGCCUGCCUCUAACAGGCUCUCUAUCAUACGUUCUGUGUUCAUCUGUUAUGAGCUGGGACAUGAGAUAGCCAAGCCUGCUUAGUGUCUAAAGAGCUGCACAAGCCCUGUGUGCACAGUCUCUGAGACCACUAGCUUUCUGACAGGUUCACAGUAACCAUCUGGAUAAUAGAAGUACCCAGGUAAAGCCUAGGCUAGUGAUUUUUUUCAGUUGCCGCUAAGUAAAAUACUAUAGACGAAGGAUGCUGCUAGAUUAAGGAAUAAACAGCAAUGUACCAAAGUACAGCCAAGUAACAACAAAGGCUCUAUAUUAGCACAGGGAUCCUUCAUGCUUUAAAAAAAAAAAAAAAAAAAAAGAAUCCAGGGGGGGAAAACAAUGAAAAUAAAAUCCAGAUAGACUUGAGUAUUUUUGAUGCCAUUAAACUUGGUUAAUAGCCAUUAAGAUACAUGUUUAAAUUAUCACACAUUGUGACAAAGACAGUUUUAGUCUCACUGCAGAAGAUCAUACCGAAAUUUAUACCCCAAGAAUUUCUCCCGUUCAAAUGAUAACAGAAAUUAUCAAAAGGAAAGUCUCAAAUUUACCUGUAUGCUGCUUUAGUUGUAAAUGAAUAAAUAAUGGAAAUAUGAGAUUUAUCAAAACCUCCAAGGAACACAUCUCACAUAUGCACACCUCGUCUAUGUAUGUGUAUAAAAUGAAAUGUCAUCCAGAGACAAUAAAAUAACUUUAAAAUUUAA